AUGAAACGAGGAUCAGUUAUUGGGAAUAUAGCCAAGGAUCUUGGGCUGGAAACGGGCGUGCUCUCUAAAAGGAGAGCCCGCAUUGACACUGACGGGACUGACAAACGUUACUGUGACAUAAACCUGAAUAACGGAGAAUUGAUUGUUGCCGACAGGAUUGACCGAGAGGGGCUCUGUGGAGAAAAGGCUUCGUGCAUCCUAAAACAUGAGCUCGUGCUGGAGCAUCCUCUUGAACUUCAUCGGAUUAGUCUUCACGUCCAAGAUAUUAAUGAUAACUCACCACAGUUUAACGAAGAACGUAUCAAUGUAGAAAUUCAAGAGUCGGCAGACAGGGGAGCUCGUUUUGUGAUAGAGGAGGCACACGAUGCGGAUGUAGGCCAAAAUUCAGUUCAACACUACAGCCUUAAGAAGAACGAGAAUUUCGUUUUGGCUGUUGACGGAAACACAAUAGAGCUCGUUCUUGAUAAAGAGCUUGAUCGUGAAAAACAAGAGGACAUUAAUUUGCUCGUCACAGCUCUAGAUGGUGGCUCCCCUCAGAGAUCAGGUACCGUAGUCAUACACGUCACUGUGCUGGAUGCUAAUGAUAACGCCCCAGUGUUUAGCCAGGCCGUUUAUAAAGCCAGUCUGCCUGAAAACUCUCCUUUAGAUACUGUGGUGGUCACAGUGAGCGCGACUGAUGCAGACGAAGGAGUCAAUGGAGAUGUGACAUAUGACUUUGGACAUGUUACUGAAGAUGUGAAGAAGAUAUUUAGUAUUGACCGUAAAGUAGCUGACAUCAACGACAACCCACCUGUGUUUGAGGAACAGUCGUACAGCGCAUAUGUGACUGAAAAUAACAAACCUGGCUCCACUUUAUGUUCCGUUACUGCUCGAGACCCCGACUGGAGACAAAACGGUACAGUGAUUUAUUCUCUGUUAGCUGGUGAGGUGAACGGUGCCCCGGUGUCCUCCUAUCUGUCUGUUAACGGAGACACGGGGGUGAUCCACGCUGUGAGGUCGUUUGAUUAUGAACAGUUCAGGAGCUUUAAAGUCCACGUGAUGGCCAGAGACAACGGUUCUCCUCCGCUCAGCAGCAACGUGACCGUCAGUGUCUUCAUAUCAGAUGUGAACGACAACUCUCCUCAGAUACUGUACCCCGCCCCGGAGGGCAACUCCUUCAUGACCGAGCUGGUCCCCAAAGCUGCACACGGAGGCUCUCUGGUGUCCAAAGUGAUAGCGGUGGACGCGGACUCCGGACAGAACGCCUGGCUGUCCUAUCAUAUAGUGAAAUCCACUGAUCCGGGACUUUUCACUAUUGGUCUCCACAGCGGAGAGAUCAGGACACAGCGGGACAUUUCUGAAUCUGACAGCAUGAAACAGAACCUUAUUGUGGCAGUUAAAGAUAACGGACAGCCCUCUCUCUCUGCCACCUCUGACAUCAACGACAACCCACCUGUGUUUGAGGAACAGUCGUACAGCGCAUAUGUGACUGAAAAUAACAAACCUGGCUCCACUUUAUGUUCCGUUACUGCUCGAGACCCCGACUGGAGACAAAACGGUACAGUGAUUUAUUCUCUGUUAGCUGGUGAGGUGAACGGUGCCCCGGUGUCCUCCUAUCUGUCUGUUAACGGAGACACGGGGGUGAUCCACGCUGUGAGGUCGUUUGAUUAUGAACAGUUCAGGAGCUUUAAAGUCCACGUGAUGGCCAGAGACAACGGUUCUCCUCCGCUCAGCAGCAACGUGACCGUCAGUGUCUUCAUAUCAGAUGUGAAUGACAACUCUCCUCAGAUACUGUACCCCGCCCCGGCGGGCAACUCCUUCAUGACCGAGCUGGUCCCCAAAGCUGCACACGGAGGCUCUCUGGUGUCCAAAGUGAUAGCGGUGGACGCGGACUCCGGACAGAACGCCUGGCUGUCCUAUCAUAUAGUGAAAUCCACUGAUCCGGGACUUUUUACUAUUGGUCUCCACAGCGGAGAGAUCAGGACACAGCGGGACAUUUCUGAAUCUGACAGCAUGAAACAGAACCUUAUUGUGGCAAAUUCCAAACUGACCUCUUACCUGAUCAUCGCUCUGGUGUCUGUGUCCACCUUUUUUCUGACUUUCAUCAUCAUCAUCCUGGGUGUGAGGUUUUGUCGCAGGAGAAAGCCCAGACUGUUGUUUGACGGAGCAGUCGCCAUCCCCAGCGCUUAUCUGCCUCCUAAUUACGCAGAUGUUGACGGCACAGGAACUUUACGCAGCACUUACAAUUAUGACGCGUACCUGACAACAGGUUCUAGAACCAGUGACUUUAAGUUUGUGACAUCUUAUAAUGACAACACACUUCCUGCUGACCAGACUCUGAAGAAAAGUCCUUCUGACUUUGCUGAUGCGUUUGGGGAUGUUAAUGAAUCUCCUGAGGUAGGGACAUGUUCCAUGUCAUCUGUCCCAGAUCUAUGA